UAAAGAAAAACUAAUAAAAACAAUAAAACAUAUUUUUGAAAAUGGUGGUACAAGAAUCUAUUGUGGUUAUGUCGAUGAUCCAAGGUAAAGAAUAGAAAUAAUAGUUAUUUAUUAUUAACUUUCAUUGGUUUAUUUAGAAAUACUGAUAACUGUUGGAUGGAAACAACAGGUAAAAAUACUGAAAAAAACAAAACAAACUCAACAUGACUUUGAGAUAUGAGUACGAUUAGAGGUGUAAGCUGGCCAACUGAGAUGCUAAGAAUCAAGUGAUUCAGCCGCACCGUCGUCUCCGUGACACUAAAAUCGAUGUUUGCUUUUUGGAAAAUUUCUGACAUCCUAAAUCGGUUUUUGAAGAUGUUAUCCUCUAGUUUCUUGUCAAUAGGCUCUCUAUCAUUGUUUUGUCUCUUUUUCAUUUUAAAAUCUCUCGAAAUUAAGAAUAUUUGUUUAAAAAAUUCAUCGAAGAAUUUCAGCGAUCACCACCGUUCCAAUCAAUGCAUUGACUUCCAUCUAUAGGUUUUGUCUGUGUGGAUGAAUAGAAAAUCCAAAUCUACAUCCUGUUCAUGUCAGUUUGGGUUCAACGAUGAAAACUCGUUUAACAUAUCGAUUUUAUAUGAAAAUUUCUUUGCUUUAUUUUUCUAGCAUAUAAUUUUCACGAUGAAGAUAAUGAAAAUCUUGCAUUAAUCAAUGUUCAAGCUGGUGAUGACGCAACACAUGCUUUUUGGCACGAUCUUGAUCCUGAAUUGCCAUUAUUUGCAAGUCAUGCUGAUUUUCUUAGACGAGUUGCUUAUUUACAUAAAGCACAUUGGUGA